AUGAUUUUUGUUCUUUCCAUUACCGUCACACAUACGGGCACGUAUGAGGAGGCCAAGCCUCUGCUCAUCCGCUCGCUGGCCAUCAGUGCGGAACUGCUGUACAAUAGGGCACAGGAGAUCUUGGAAAAGUUGUUGGGGCGGGAGCAUCCCAAUAUUGUUAUUGUUUUGAACAACCGGGCGAUGAUGUUGUGGAAUCAGAGCAAGUUCGGCGAGGCGGACCCAUUGUACGUGAGAGCUAUCGCUGUUGGAGAGAAAACGCUGGGUCCCGAGCACCCAAAUCUUGCCGCGUGGCUCAACAACCGGGCGGCGUUGUUGUACAAGCAGGGCAAGUACGACGAAGCGGAACCGCUGUACAAGAGGACGCAGGAGAUCUGGGAGAAUUCGGGAGCAUUCAAACAUUGCCAUAAUUUUGAACAACCGGGCGAGGUUGUUAGGGAAUCAGGCGGGUGGUGUCCCAAGGUGCAAAUCACCGCCGAGACGGUGGUAGUGGCGAGAGGCAAGAACCGAGCUCUGCAGAGAUGGAUUGAUGCGAGGAAACUCGCCGCUCAGAAAAUACGGAAGAAGGCACACACGCAACGCGAGGCGGACCGAGGGAGACACGAGACCGCAGCGGCCGUCAAGGCGGCUGCGAAGAAGAAGGCACGGGAGUGCGACCUAUCGUUCGGCACGUUCAACGUACGCACGCUCGCCUACAGCGGGAGCGACUGGGUGUCUCGUCUAGGAGAGGAUCUCGUGGCCUUCAACAUGGGAGACGAAAAGGAAUGGGGCAAAUGGAAAGUGAGCGCCAAGGACCCGGAGGAGGCGGAAGCGUCCGCGAAGCGCCAGCGCCCGAGGGAAGCAGAAGCAGAGAGUACGGCCACCUCAGGACCGAAGAGAAAGAGAGUCGGGGAAGCGGCGGUCGGGGGUAAGAAACGGCAACCGGACACUACUGUAGAAGCGAGUAGGGCGGCCGAGGCAGCACUUGUGGCGAACUAUGUACCCGGCUGAUGUUGUUGCGCCCUGUUUCCCUCCCUGCUGUAUGCUUUACUCCUUUAUGUAUGUCCUUUGUAUUGCCUUCGGCCUCUGUGCUGUGUUUCUUUUUUUCAUGUCCUCCCUGCCUACUCUGCUGUGUUGGGUACCUUGAUCUCGCCUUUGCUGUUGCUUUUGUUUUUGUACCUCUGGCUGUCUGCCUAUCUGCCGCCUCUUUGUCCUGUUUGCUCCGUUACUCCCAUGCCCUGGUGCGCAGUGCCUGGUGCUGAUACGUUACCCUUUGAUUUUUCUUAAGGCGGGUGUGGCAAGCGUCCUUCUUUAUUUUUGUUUUUGUGGUAUUUUGAUCGGUUUCCGAGGGCUCUUUUCUCGAACGGUCGGUGCGGUACCUGCUCUUUUCUUUCC